GACACUCCUGGCACAGGAUGAGUGGUGCCAGUUUGGACAUGGCGCGCACUCAGCUUUCUGCACUUUUUAUUUUAGGAUUUAUCACACUCAUACAUGGCCAGUGUCAGGUGGACUUUCUAAAUGGCACAGUUUUCAAUAAUGGUUCCGCGUGCGCCCCGUACUCACAGACAGUAUUGAACAACAGCCUCGCCUGCUCCGCGAUACAGCAGUCGGACUUAUCACCGGGAAAUCUCAACAACCUCAAAGCCUUUACAGACGCUGCCUUUGAUUUGUACACGCUGCUGAAGUCUAAACUUGACGCGAGCCAAGUCGUGAACUACAUCAACCAGGCCAGGACGAACGGCUCGGCGGCGGGCUCGCUGUCGGAUGUGAAUUUCGCGGGGCUCUGGUUUCAAGUGAAGCUCAACCCGUACCUGUCGUCGCUGUCCGGAGACACGCUCUCCUGUUUGAGUCAAAGCGGCCUCGUCUGCCAAAGCUUCCAAGACAUAGUGAAGGGUCUGAGCUCGCGGAUUGGUCCCGAGAGGCAACGGAUGGUGUAUCAGAACUUCAUAAAGCCUUUUCUGGCGAGAAAUACGACUGAGGCUGGCUGUGUCGUCAGUAACACCUCGGAAUGGCUUCUGCUGAACUUCCAAACGUUCUCUGCUAGCGCGAGUCUAGAAGAUUUCCUAGCUUUGAAUACUAAUUUUGAUGGGCUGCUUGUCCUAGAUAAGCUCACCCCAGAGCAGAAAGCUCAGCUGCUCUUCAAGCUGGAAGCGUCUGCUAACCUUAACAUCGAUGCCCUCACUCAGAUCUUCCAGAGUUUCGUGGAGCCACUCGCUAAUGUAAAGCUAAACAUGACCAGCACCACUUCAAAUGGACUUGAUCAGAGUCUCAGUGAUUUCCUGCUUUCUUUGAGACCACUGGGAAGGUUCAUCAGAGCAUGUGUAAACCUUUCUCAGAACACAACUGCCAGCAGUAUCAGAAACGGAACAAUACAGCUCCUGGUGAACUGGACCCUGAGCUUUGACAGCCAAAUCUCCAUAAAUACUUUUAGCAUCAGCAACUUCACUGAUUGGUUGCAGUUUGUGGUUCUUCCUGUGAUGAAGAAAUCUCUGCAACUUAACCAGACUUUACCGGACGUCUCAGCUAUACCCCUCUCUCUCUUUGCUCCAGAACCUGAAAUCACAGAGCCUUCCGACAAUUGCAAAGUUACCAGAAAUAACAGUUCCUGUCUUACGUCACAGAUUGCAGAUAAUCUGGCGAAAACCAUCAAUUGCGUCGCCCAAACAAAUCUGAGCUUCACUGAGGAAAACCUGAAACUUCUGAUUACUGACCUGUCCAGAACACUGCAGACACUGAUGGAUCAGUCUAGAGUGGUGACCAACUCAUCUCAAAGCAACCUCACAGCCGUGUUUGCAGAACUGCCAGCAGAAAGCUUCACGUCUGGAAAUCUCAAUGAUGCUGAAUUCACGAGCUUCUGGUUCCAAAUCAAGAUGAAGCCCCUGCUACCUCAAAUCCCACGUGAAUUCCUGUCCUGCAUCAACACGCGUGCCUUCAGCUGUCAGGCCUACAGGGCACUUUUUGGGGAGCUAAAUAAUAAUUUUGGACUAAUGGACAGUGCAACCCAGAGAUUUGUCUUCAGUGACUUCAUUCGUCCAUUCCUGUCACGACUUCAAAACACAGGUAUCGAUUGCACAUUGCCAUUUAACAACAGCGUGGACUUCAUCCUGCAAAACUUCGGCAGUUUCUCUCCGUUGGCACGGCUUCAAGAUUUCUCCAGUUUCAGCCGCAAUUUUUCAGCUGUGGAUGCUGUUUCUGUUCUCACAAUGAGACAGCUGGAGGAACUGGUGUUCAGUCCUCCUGCUAAACCAGAAGACAGAGGAAACAUCCUCACAAAAGUCUUUGACUUCCUUCUUAAAGACUCCAACAGAGACAAACUAAACAACUUCCUGCCCUCUCUUCAGGCACAGGCCAGAAAGGCAAACUUCAACUGUAGUGACUACAAAGUCAUUUUUGACAGGAUGGAUCAGACAUUAUCGUCAGUCGCUCCUAACCAGUCUGAAGCCCUGCUGACGAUCAGAGACUCUGUGAUGAUGAUUCCUCCUGACGAGUGCAUUGAGAGAACGAUCCAAUGCACAACAACUCCUGUAAAUGAGUCUGUCCUCUGUGCGAGUGUCAACAGCUCUGCUGUGGAUCAGUUCUUGAACGGACUGACUCCAAACACACCAGGACUUUGUAACUUCACUGUGGUGCAGUUUGCCUGUCUACCAACGCUCUCACAGUUAAACUCUCAACAAGUGGCUGACCUGCUGGCUUGCAAACUGUCCAGCAAUGUGACAAAAGAAACCUGGAAGCUUUUCUUCAUCAAAACCAGCACAAACCUUGAUGAUGCACUGCUGAAAUUUUCCAACAAGACUCCCAGUGUCAGCAAUGUGUCUCUGUCCGAUGUGCUGGAUGUGAUCGAUGACAUCCGGAUCAGUCGCUUUAGUCCCCAGAGACUGAAGGAUCCUGUCUUCAUCCAGUCAUGGUUCCAGGGACGACUGAACCCCUUCUUACCAUCCAUCUCUCAAAGACUCCUGUCCUGCCUCGGCACCAGAAACUUCACCUGUGAAAGUUACCGCACUAUUUACUCAGAUCUAAAUAAUAAUUUUGGACUGAUGAACAGUGCAACACAGAGAUUUGUCCUCAGUGACUUUAUUCGUCCAUUCCUGUCACAACGUCAAAACACAGGUAUCGAUUGCACAUUGCCAUUUAACAACAGCGUGGACUUCAUCCUGCAAAACUUCGGCAGUUUCUCUCCGUUGGCACGGCUUCAAGAUUUCUCCAGUUUCAGCCGCAAUUUUUCAGCUGUGGAUGCUGUUUCUGUUCUCACAAUGAGACAGCUGGAGGAACUGGUGUUCAGUCCUCCUGCUAAACCAGAAGACAGAGGAAACAUCCUCACAAAAGUCUUUGACUUCCUUCUUAAAGACUCCAACAGAGACAAACUAAACAACUUCCUGCCCUCUCUUCAGGCACAGGCCAGAAAGGCAAACUUCAACUGUAGUGACUACAAAGUCAUUUUUGACAGGAUGGAUCAGACAUUAUCGUCAGUCGCUCCUAACCAGUCUGAAGCCCUGCUGACGAUCAGAGACUCUGUGAUGAUGAUUCCUCCUGACGAGUGCAUUGAGAGAACGAUCCAAUGCACAACAACUCCUGUAAAUGAGUCUGUCCUCUGUGCGAGUGUCAACAGCUCUGCCGUGGAUCAGUUCUUGAACGGACUGACUCCAAACACACCAGGACUUUGUAACUUCACUGUGGUGCAGUUUGCCUGUCUACCAACGCUCUCACAGUUAAACUCUCAACAAGUGGCUGACCUGCUGGCUUGCAAACUGUCCAGCAAUGUGACAAAAGAAACCUGGAAGCUUUUCUUCAUCAAAACCAGCACAAACCUUGAUGAUGCACUGCUGAAAUUUUCCAACAAGACUCCCAGUGUCAGCAAUGUGUCUCUGUCCGAUGUGCUGGAUGUGAUCGAUGACAUCCGGAUCAGUCGCUUUAGUCCCCAGAGACUGAAGGAUCCUGUCUUCAUCCAGUCAUGGUUCCAGGGACGACUGAACCCCUUCUUACCAUCCAUCUCUCAAAGACUCCUGUCCUGCCUCGGCACCAGAAACUUCACCUGUGAAAGUUACCGCACUAUUUACUCAGAUCUAAAUAAUAAUUUUGGACUGAUGAACAGUGCAACACAGAGAUUUGUCCUCAGUGACUUUAUUCGUCCAUUCCUGUCACAACGUCAAAACACAGGUAUCGAUUGCACAUUGCCAUUUAACAACAGCGUGGACUUCAUCCUGCAAAACUUCGGCAGUUUCUCUCCGUUGGCACGGCUUCAAGAUUUCUCCAGUUUCAGCCGCAAUUUUUCAGCUGUGGAUGCUGUUUCUGUUCUCACAAUGAGACAGCUGGAGGAACUGGUGUUCAGUCCUCCUGCUAAACCAGAAGACAGAGGAAACAUCCUCACAAAAGUCUUUGACUUCCUUCUUAAAGACUCCAACAGAGACAAACUAAACAACUUCCUGCCCUCUCUUCAGGCACAGGCCAGAAAGGCAAACUUCAACUGUAGUGACUACAAAGUCAUUUUUGACAGGAUGGAUCAGACAUUAUCGUCAGUCGCUCCUAACCAGUCUGAAGCCCUGCUGACGAUCAGAGACUCUGUGAUGAUGAUUCCUCCUGACGAGUGCAUUGAGAGAACGAUCCAAUGCACAACAACUCCUGUAAAUGAGUCUGUCCUCUGUGCGAGUGUCAACAGCUCUGCUGUGGAUCAGUUCUUGAACGGACUGACUCCAAACACACCAGGACUUUGUAACUUCACUGUGGUGCAGUUUGCCUGUCUACCAACGCUCUCACAGUUAAACUCUCAACAAGUGGCUGACCUGCUGGCUUGCAAACUGUCCAGCAAUGUGACAAAAGAAACCUGGAAGCUUUUCUUCAUCAAAACCAGCACAAACCUUGAUGAUGCACUGCUGAAAUUUUCCAACAAGACUCCCAGUGUCAGCAAUGUGUCUCUGUCCGAUGUGCUGGAUGUGAUCGAUGACAUCCGGAUCAGUCGCUUUAGUCCCCAGAGACUGAAGGAUCCUGUCUUCAUCCAGUCAUGGUUCCAGGGACGACUGAACCCCUUCUUACCAUCCAUCUCUCAAAGACUCCUGUCCUGCCUCGGCACCAGAAACUUCACCUGUGAAAGUUACCGCACUAUUUACUCAGAUCUAAAUAAUAAUUUUGGACUGAUGAACAGUGCAACACAGAGAUUUGUCCUCAGUGACUUUAUUCGUCCAUUCCUGUCACAACGUCAAAACACAGGUAUCGAUUGCACAUUGCCAUUUAACAACAGCGUGGACUUCAUCCUGCAAAACUUCGGCAGUUUCUCUCCGUUGGCACGGCUUCAAGAUUUCUCCAGUUUCAGCCGCAAUUUUUCAGCUGUGGAUGCUGUUUCUGUUCUCACAAUGAGACAGCUGGAGGAACUGGUGUUCAGUCCUCCUGCUAAACCAGAAGACAGAGGAAACAUCCUCACAAAAGUCUUUGACUUCCUUCUUAAAGACUCCAACAGAGACAAACUAAACAACUUCCUGCCCUCUCUUCAGGCACAGGCCAGAAAGGCAAACUUCAACUGUAGUGACUACAAAGUCAUUUUUGACAGGAUGGAUCAGACAUUAUCGUCAGUCGCUCCUAACCAGUCUGAAGCCCUGCUGACGAUCAGAGACUCUGUGAUGAUGAUUCCUCCUGACGAGUGCAUUGAGAGAACGAUCCAAUGCACAACAACUCCUGUAAAUGAGUCUGUCCUCUGUGCGAGUGUCAACAGCUCUGCCGUGGAUCAGUUCUUGAACGGACUGACUCCAAACACACCAGGACUUUGUAACUUCACUGUGGUGCAGUUUGCCUGUCUACCAACGCUCUCACAGUUAAACUCUCAACAAGUGGCUGACCUGCUGGCUUGCAAACUGUCCAGCAAUGUGACAAAAGAAACCUGGAAGCUUUUCUUCAUCAAAACCAGCACAAACCUUGAUGAUGCACUGCUGAAAUUUUCCAACAAGACUCCCAGUGUCAGCAAUGUGUCUCUGUCCGAUGUGCUGGAUGUGAUCGAUGACAUCCGGAUCAGUCGCUUUAGUCCCCAGAGACUGAAGGAUCCUGUCUUCAUCCAGUCAUGGUUCCAGGGACGACUGAACCCCUUCUUACCAUCCAUCUCUCAAAGACUCCUGUCCUGCCUCGGCACCAGAAACUUCACCUGUGAAAGUUACCGCACUAUUUACUCAGAUCUAAAUAAUAAUUUUGGACUGAUGAACAGUGCAACACAGAGAUUUGUCCUCAGUGACUUUAUUCGUCCAUUCCUGUCACAACGUCAAAACACAGGUAUCGAUUGCACAUUGCCAUUUAACAACAGCGUGGACUUCAUCCUGCAAAACUUCGGCAGUUUCUCUCCGUUGGCACGGCUUCAAGAUUUCUCCAGUUUCAGCCGCAAUUUUUCAGCUGUGGAUGCUGUUUCUGUUCUCACAAUGAGACAGCUGGAGGAACUGGUGUUCAGUCCUCCUGCUAAACCAGAAGACAGAGGAAACAUCCUCACAAAAGUCUUUGACUUCCUUCUUAAAGACUCCAACAGAGACAAACUAAACAACUUCCUGCCCUCUCUUCAGGCACAGGCCAGAAAGGCAAACUUCAACUGUAGUGACUACAAAGUCAUUUUUGACAGGAUGGAUCAGACAUUAUCGUCAGUCGCUCCUAACCAGUCUGAAGCCCUGCUGACGAUCAGAGACUCUGUGAUGAUGAUUCCUCCUGACGAGUGCAUUGAGAGAACGAUCCAAUGCACAACAACUCCUGUAAAUGAGUCUGUCCUCUGUGCGAGUGUCAACAGCUCUGCCGUGGAUCAGUUCUUGAACGGACUGACUCCAAACACACCAGGACUUUGUAACUUCACUGUGGUGCAGUUUGCCUGUCUACCAACGCUCUCACAGUUAAACUCUCAACAAGUGGCUGACCUGCUGGCUUGCAAACUGUCCAGCAAUGUGACAAAAAAGAAACCUGGAAGCUUUUCUUCAUCAAAACCAACUCCCAGUGUCAGCAAUGUGUCUCUGUCCGAUGUGCUGGAUGUGAUCGAUGACAUCCGGAUCAGUCGCUUUAGUCCCCAGAGACUGAAGGAUCCUGUCUUCAUCCAGUCAUGGUUCCAGGGACGACUGAACCCCUUCUUACCAUCCAUCUCUCAAAGACUCCUGUCCUGCCUCGGCACCAGAAACUUCACCUGUGAAAGUUACCGCACUAUGUAG